GUUUGUCGGGGAGUUGAUUUGUAAUUAUACUCCACCCGGCCUUAGCGGCGAACCACGGCGAAUGAGCACAUCAUGCCCACUUAUCUAUAGUUAGUUGUAACAGAAGGUGCAACUUCGCAAGUACACAUCGCAUACGCAUAGUUGACAAGUAACGUGAUUAUCUUGUUAUUUCAUCAGUUAUUUUUUGUCUUUUUUCUUACUUUCUUACUUCUCGGAAAGAAUUGAGAACAAUGGGUUCCCCGGCGGAAAGAUACACUUACCCCUCCCCCUUGGCGGGGUUCGAGAACGCUCCGCCGCUCCCGGAUGAGAAAAACGAAGACGGGAAGAGCUUCAAGAACCCGCCUAGAGAUAUCCUUAGCGAAGCUUAUACUACAUUUCCCGAACCCCUGGAAAACGGUCGCCGCGGUGCUUUCGACGUGCAUAUAUACUAUUUCUCAAGCAACAAAGCGUACGCGAAGGAGCUCUGGGAACGCAUUCGACGAGAGUUCCCCGAGUUGCGGAUAUACCGGUUCUGGGAUCAUCCAGUGGGCCCCCAUCCCGUGGCCAUGUUCGAGGUCAACAUUUUCACUCCGGCGCAAUUCGGCGCCUUCAUCCCCUGGCUGGCCAUCUACCGCGGCCCGCUCUCGGUGCUGAUUCAUCCUAACACGGUAGAAGGCGGAGAGGGGGUCUCGCAUAUGGAUGUUGAGCGCCGGAACCAUUCCCAAAGAGCUAUCUGGAUGGGCGAGAGAAUACCGCUGGAUCUAGACCUGUUCUAUGCGAUGGGCAGUUAAACGACGUGGGAAUGCGGGCUGGUCAGUAGGGAGGCUAUGUUUACAUGUAGUACAUAAACUCCUUUUAUUAAGCAGCCUUUGAAAAUAUAAUCCCAUCAAUCACUUUUCAAAACCCCUUCAUUACUCUAUUCAUCCAUAACAAACAAGUUAUUACCCAUUAAUACUUUCCAAAAAAU